GUGAGGGGAGAGGUUCUGGGGGGCUGGGCGGCCUGGGUUCUCUGCCCCCCGUGUCGGUCCCCACCCCCCAGGUCCAGCAGGGCGUCCCCCGCCGCCCAGAAUGAGUAACUGCAGCAGCCGGGCGCUGACCCUGCUGAGCAGCGUGUUUGGGGCCUGCGGGCUGCUCUUGGUGGGCAUCGCCGUCAGCACGGACUACUGGCUCUACAUGGAGGAGGGCACCGUCCUGCCCCAGAACCAGACCACCGAGGUCAAGAUGGCCUUGCACGCCGGGCUCUGGCGGGUCUGCUUCUUCGCCGGCCGGGAGAAAGGCCGCUGUGUCGCCUCCGAGUAUUUCCUGGAGCCCGAGAUCAACCUGGUGACGGAGAAUACGGAGAACAUUCUGAAGACGGUGCGGACCGCCACCCCCUUCCCCAUGGUCAGCCUCUUCCUCGUCUUUACGGCCUUCGUCAUCAGCAACAUAGGUCACAUCCGCCCUCAGAGGACCAUCCUGGCCUUUGUCUCCGGCAUCUUCUUCAUCCUCUCGGGUCUGUCUCUGGUUGUUGGCCUGGUGCUCUACAUCUCUAGCAUCAACGACGAGGUCAUGAACCGGCCCAGCAGCUCUGAGCAGUAUUUCCACUAUCGCUACGGUUGGUCCUUUGCCUUUGCGGCCUCCUCGUUCCUUCUCAAAGAGGGUGCCGGGGUGAUGUCCGUGUACCUGUUCACGAAGCGUUACGCUGAGGAAGAGAUGUACCGGCCGCACCCGGCCUUCUACCGGCCCCGCCUCAGCGAUUGUUCUGACUACUCUGGCCAGUUUCUGCAGCCCGAGGCCUGGCACCGAGGCCGCAGCCCCUCGGACAUAUCCUCCGACGUCUCCAUCCAGAUGACCCAGAACUACCCACCGGCCAUCAAGUAUCCUGACCACAUCCACAUCUCCACCUCCCCCUGCUAGGCCCCUCACAAGGACACCCCGAGACUCACCCCCCUUCUUCCUUCAUAGUUCUCUUCACUCCUUGAAAAUCAGCUCCCCCAUCAAUCACCAUAACCUUUGGAUUUGGGGCUGUUCUUUCCCCCUAUGACUCCCUUUCUCUCUGUCUCUCUCUUUGAGUCUCCCUCUCUCUGUCUCUCUGGGUCUUCCUCUCUCCAUCUCUCUCUCUCUCUCUCUCUCUCUCUCUCUCUCUCUCUCUCUCUCUCUCUCUCUCUCUAUCUCACCCUUCUCAGAGAAAAUAUUUUUGCCACCUUGGGUCCCCUACAGAAUGUGACCAGGUGGCCAUUUUGUGGGCAGCUCUUCUUCUCACAGAUUUCCCCAGAGUUGGCUUGGCGGCCAUUCGGCCCUCAGUCUUCCUUGGGUUCCACUGGUGGCCGGGCCGGAAGAGGUUGGGAGGCCGUCUUGGAGUCUGCUCCCGUCUUGCCAGGUGACAGAAUGUGGUUCAGCGAUUACCUGGGGACUUGGUUUCCCCGGGCUGCGUAUCUGGUGACCAUUCGGUCUCCCUUCCGUGUUUCCAGCUUUGGGCAUGUGCCCCUAUAUCCAAGUUUCCUUCCACCUCGCACAGAACACUCCCCAGCCCCUUUCUUACCACCAUACUGUCUCCUUAAAAGUCUUGUUUUCCUCAUCAGCCCCUGUAACAGGACCUGCACCCUCUGCCAUACUGGGACCUCAGACAAGAAGUGACCUGAUCACCAUUUUGGGUGGCAGGGAAGGCAGGGCCAAGGCACGAAGGAAGGAAUGCGUGUUGGGGGGACAUCUCUGCUUUUACCCCUCUCCUAUACUUCCCUUCUCCCUCAUUUCUCUCUCUCUCUCUAUUUCUGUCUUUCUCAUUCUGUGUGUGUUUCUUGUCU